AUGUUCAGGAAUCCCCGAGAGGUCGCACCUGACAGCGUAUCUUCAGAAUUCAGUCAAAUACUUAAGCCUCUACCGGUCAUUUCGUGGGGACAGCUUGCAAUGUAUCAUUUGGGUGUCCCAACUGGGGCAGGCGAUCACAUGUUUGUUGUCCGAGACGAACAUUAUCAGACAUCGAUUCAGAAGCUCAAAGACUCGGGAUUCCCUCAAGCCCCUCCUGAUCGCCGGGCCGCCCCUGAAAUUAUGGAGUCUCUCCCAGAUCCGCAAGCCGUCCUUGAUGAGAUUAAUAAGGGCUAUGAACGCCUAGACCGUUAUUGCACGUCAUUCCAAUUCCCGCCUCACCUUCCGUUUAGCGGGGAUCAAAUCUUUCUAAUCCCUAACUCCUUCGCGCAUUUACCACUAGACAAUCUCGCCAUAACUUCAAACCCGUCAAGCCAGAGUGCCCAACCAAAGCAAUAUGAAGUGUAUUGCAACUUAUUCUAUCCGCUUGAAGCGGCAUUAGUUGAGAGCUUUGUUAAAGGAGUUAUUCAUGACAUCGAGGAGGUUGGAUAUUCGUCUUGGCAGUUGCUACUAAACGCCUGGAUAUCAAUGAUGCGGGGCUAUCUCGAAGUCAACAAUGAUAUUCUCGAUAACUGUGCGGAUGAGCGGGUAGUAGAAUGGUAUAGCAGGCACUUUGGUCGGAUUCACGAGGCCCAGUAUGGUGGAUGGGACCUCCGGGUUUCAAAACGUCUUGGUUCCGGAAAAGAAAUGCCAGUGGACAUGAGGAGAAAUCCUAUCUCCUAA